GCGCGUCCUGAUCGCUCAGUGGAUGGGAGCGGCCAUGGCAAGACUCAACAGCCAACAGGCGUACCGAUACCGUCUUUUCGAAAAGUGCGGGAUGGCCAUGACCGUGGACGGCUCGGCCGACGAUCGAAUCACCUUGGAGGGUUUGGACAAGCCGUUUACCUUGGCUAACGAUGAAAACAGUAGCGACGACGAACAAGGUUCGGAGAACGGCAACGAUGAGCCUGAGGGGCGGGCGGAGGAGGGCGAUGGAGGACGUGAGAUGCUCAUGGAGGGCGUUGACUCCAGCGAUGAAGACGACGGCGACAUCUCUCAACCCCAGACCGACGAGCUAGCUCUUCUGGACGACGACGACAGCAUGGACCCACAAGACCCGGAGGAUGAGAUACAGGGAAUGGAGAUCCCGGCAGGCUUUCGUAUUCAAAAAGCUACACCCGUUGCUCUUGACAGAUUGCUUUUGCGGCGUGGAGUGCUCGUUAGGCUGGGCAUGGGGGGGUUUGGAGGGCUGAUCACUCAACAAUCUCAGAAGGACACUCGCCACCUGUACGACUGCUGUGUGCAGCUGGAGCUAGACCAGAGUACGCGCAAGAUGAAGUUGCCCUUAGACAAGUACAGCGGAGAUUCGGAUGCGGCUGUAGGCUCCUGGGUUUUGCUUGAGAGCAUUAGUAGAUCAGGAAGGGUACGCAGGACCAACGUCACCCUUAUGGACCAAGGAGGUUGACAGUUGCUGCUCCAUGCCUUGGUAUGUUCUUGUAUCGACAGCAGUACUAGUGUUGCUCAUGGUUGACAGCCGACAAUAAAGCAAAUUAUGUUAAAAUACUGUAAGAACAAGAACGCCCCUUUCUGGAGAAGAAUGGACGACGAAAUAAG